AUGAGUAAAGUAUAUAACUGGUUUAACGAACGUCUUGAGAUUCAAUCAAUUGCAGACGACGUUACAAGUAAAUACGUACCGCCACACGUAAACAUUUUCUACUGUUUAGGUGGAAUUACCCUUACAUGUUUCCUCGUUCAAGUUGCAACAGGAUUCGCUAUGACAUUCUACUACCGCCCAACUGUAACUGAAGCAUUUGCAUCAGUACAAUACAUUAUGACUGAAGUAAACUUCGGAUGGCUUAUCCGUUCAGUUCACCGUUGGUCAGCUAGUAUGAUGGUAUUAAUGAUGAUUCUUCACGUAUUCCGCGUAUACCUUACUGGUGGAUUCAAAAAACCACGUGAGCUUACAUGGGUAACUGGAGUUAUUCUUUCAGUAAUUACUGUAUCAUUUGGUGUAACUGGAUACUCACUCCCUUGGGACCAAGUAACAAACGGAGGAGGAGCGGGGAGACGGCGGAGGAGGUAUCAAGUUUACGUUUGCCACAGAUUAGCGCGUUCAUUCGUUCGUUUAUUUUUGUGA